ACGCAAGGGCGCGGGCCGCUGAUAUCGCAUCGCGCUCGGCGAUCGGGGGGAGCCCGAUGAGCCCGCACCAAAGGUCACUCCGGCGAAAAGUCACUCUUACGUGUAGUCGAAAGACGCCAAACGCCUCGCCAUUGCUUGACUUCCGGCGAGCUCCCUCCCGCUUUGCCGAAACCGGAGACGAGCGCGGCCGGCCGGCGGCGAGCCGCCGCCAGCGAGCGGAGAACAACCGGGGGCCGCCCGCGAGCGGCGGCGGCGGCGAUGGGCCUGGCCAGAAUCGGUGUGUGUGUGUGUGUGUGCAGCAGUGUCCGCCUCGGGUGCACCGACGACCCUGACCUUCCAGGAGGGCUAAAAAAUGGCACCCGACUUAAAAACCUAUCCCAGACUAUAGCCGACGAAGACAGUCAGACGCUGGUCGUGGCAAGCGGUGUGCACGAGGAGCGGAGCGAGGCACGAGGGCGAGGAGAAGACAGCGCGAGGGGGGCGGAGGGAGGAGCCCGCUCGGACCACGAGGGCACGACAUCCGCACACCCCUGGCCAUCGCCCUGCUCCUUCUCGAGCGGGGAGUCGACGACAGAGCUGAUGCGCCCCAAGCUUGAUGUGCGCGUCGACUCUACGACAAGCAGGGCGCGUGAUGCUCGCAGAUCUGCGCACAUCGUCCAUGUGCGUUGGUAUACAUCCGACGAGAAGAUCCCUUCUGGGGAAAAUCAAUGCUGCAGUCGAGCCCCUGCUCGACUCCUGUAGAAGAAAUCCGGCGCUCUGGCUCACCCCCGUUUGCCUUGCCCCCGAUCCGCCGCGCGCGCUCCUAGCCUGGCGGGCCUCGGGCGCGCGCGGGGCCCC